UCAAAACAAUUGAGAUUUUAAAGGAGGCAGCAAUUUGUUGAUGUGAUUAUAAAAUAAUAAUUAUUAUAUAUGAUUUCAUUAAAGUGGUAUUGAUUUAAAAAUAUGGAUCCUGUUGAACAUCACAAACGCUUUGAGUACUGCACAACGAGAUUGCAAUACAGACAGGGACGUGAAUUAAAGGCAGUUAAGGUCUACUCCGUUGCUACUGAGUCCAAGCACUUGAUGGUUUUUGGCGUUCCCAAGGUUAAUCUACAUGCGAACAUUAAGAAUAAAUUACAGGGCUUUGGCAAAUUACUGUCCUGUAUUUGUGUGACAUCGGAAAUGGCUAAGAAGAUGGAUCUUGAAGCUUUCACCGAUGUCUUUGCUGUACAUUUCGAGAGAGUGGAGCAGGCUCGUCGAGCUAAGAGGCAACUAGAUGCCAAGCAAUUCUUUGGUGGCAUUUUGCACAUAUCUUAUGCGCCUGAGAGAGAAACACCCCAAGAGCUAAGGGAGAAAUUUGUGCAACGUCGCAAAGAGAUUGGUCAUCGCAUACAGCGGAAUCUGGCAGAGCAACCACUUAAGCCUAAGCAGACGAAGCAGAACGAAGUGGUAGAUAUUUAAUAAUUUAUAGUUGUGGCGCUUUAUUGAACCUAAUCCAGGAUAACACGAGCCUCUACGGCUCAACAAUCUUUUUUUUAGAUUCGCUAGUGCAAUGUGUGUAUUUCACAAAAUUUUGUACAAUUGCAUAUUGUCAUUUGUAUUACUUUUGUUUCGUUCUGCGGAGUUCGUGGUAAUAGUUCAGCAGACUAAUACGUUUCGCCCACAAUUGGGAUCCAUAGUGGGCCCAGAAACUGCAAAAGAUCGCAUAUUAACAGAUAAUUCAAAAGUAACCCAUAACAAAGUAUACUUACAUGCCGAACAUGGCACCACCUAAGUGCGCUGCAUGAUCAAAGAACUUCCAGCCCAUAACACAGCCUGCAAAGUCAAUGCCCAUGAUCACUUUAAUAGCUGCGCCGGCAGAGAAUGUAACUGUAGGCAGGAACAAUAUGCUCAACUGGGUUUCAGGAUA